CAGGUCUCCAUCACUGAGGCUGCCCAGAUGCCUCGGAGCAGCUGACGGCUCGCUGUGCUGAGCUGCUGAACGGUGCUAGGUGCGAGACGGUGGAGGUCCCAGUCUCCAGUCACUCCCCGGCAGUGGCCAGCCCAGGAAACUGUCUCGUCAAGACAUACUGCAGGAUCAAUGAAGUGGUGAAGGCCUACGACACGGAAGCCGCCACUUCAUGUUCCAAAACCAGCUCUGUCUCGUCUUUGAGCUCGUCUCCUACAAUGUCUACGAACUCCUCCGCAACACCAACUUCCGCGGCGUCUCUCUCAAGCUAACUCGGAAGUUUGCCCAGCAGUUGUGCACGGCGCUUUUCUGCCUCUCUCGCCCCUCCUCAACAUCAUCCACAGUCCCCUCGUCUCCAGGCUCCCUCACUCCCCUCGUCUCCGCGGAGGUCCCAGUCUCCAGUCACUCACUUUGUUAUUGCACUUGUACCUUCUCUUUACAUAAU